CUGCUGGGUCACAUUACAUCCAUACAAAACAACAGGGCAAUGUGGUGGUGGGGUGAGCCGCUGCACUUCUUAUAGGGUCUGAAUCCGGACCUCAUCCUAUCUCCUCAUCCGAUCUCCAGACCUAUUCACUUGUGUUUUUUUGUUUGUUUUUUUAAAACGUACUCCUAAUCCUAUUUUAACCUAUUUGAUGAGUUCUGAAACUGCACGGUGUCCGUUACUGUGAGGAAUUAACCACACAAAAAGGAUUUUUCAAAGGUAUGUCGAUUGGAGGCGCAGGUCCCAUUCUUACUUUGUCACAGUUGCCUGCUCGAGUCCAGGGAUCUCUAGCUCUCCAGUGCUUGUGUUUAUCAUCAAAGAAAUAUUGCUGAAGACAAAAUGCAACAGCCGACAGCUCCAAGCACCGUUGAUGCAUUAGAUGCAGCAGAACAGUUUGCAAAAAGAAGGAGGACAGCGCUUUGGUUCACAAUCGCUCUUCUAGUGCUAUCUCUUAUCAUUCUGGUGUUGGGCCUAGCAGCAGGCACGCGCACAGGCAACGUGGAUGUGGCUGGUUAUUACCCAGGGAUCAUUCUCAGCUUUGGGUCUUUUCUGGCCCUCGUUGGGAUCAAUCUGGUGGAGAACAGAAGACCAAUGCUGGUGGCCUCGAUAAUUUUCAUCAGCAUAGGAGUGAUCGCCGCGUUCUUCUGUGCUAUUGUGGACGGGGUCAUUGCGGCAGAAUUUAUUGAUAGAAGACCUCUGUCUGAAGGCAGAUGCCAGUUUUAUUCCAGUGGUUCAGGUUAUGCCUAUGACAACUAUCACACAGAGGUUUUAUGUUACACCUUCAGCAGUAAGUGCAAGCUGAGGGUUAAGAGUAACACUUGUUACUGCUGUGACUUGUACAACUGUGAAAGCCCUGAGCGCUACUCAAAGUACUAUGAAUACACGGGAGUGAGCAGCUGCAUGGAUGCCAGUCACCUCUAUUGCCUCCUGUGGGCCUCCGUCGUGCUCAAUGUGCUGGGGCUGUUCCUUGGAAUUGUCACGGCCGCGAUACUCGGAGCGUUCAAAGACAUUAAGCCAGUGACCCAGAUCAACUGCAGCUCUGCUCCUCCUCCUCACAUUCUCUACAACCCUGCUCAACAAGUCUUGACCUACGCUGGUUUCUGCCCCUCUAACCAAGCUCUUCCAGCCUACCCCAAUUACCCACUGCCAGUCCAGCAUCACAGCAGUUUCCAAGUACCGUCUUCAGCUGACACCCCUCUUCCUGAUGACAGUCAGGCCUCCUCCCAGGCCUCCUCCAGCUAUGUGCUUUCUCCCAACGCUCCGUCUCUGUACACGCCCCCCUAUAACCCUGGGGAUAAACCACCGCCGUAUGCUUCCUGAGUACAUGCUUCAGUGUCUCCAGUAGAAGAUCACGUGCUACUAAGAACACACAGCGACUGCGUGUGCAGUGAUCAUUACACUUCUCAUGCACUGUGAGCAGACAAGACCAUUGCAGCCUUCUGUUUUUAAUGUGGAUUUUAAGGCAAACACGUUUCUUUACUUUAAAUUACUGUGAAGUCUGCAUGCCACCAAUCAUGUGUUCAUUUUAAUCCCUCGUUUUUAAACAUGUAGGGGGUUUUCUCAAGAGAUCUGAUAACAGCCACUGUUUAGAUUACGGAAUCCGGCCCUUUUUAAAUAUAUUUUCUCAGUGACUGUUUGUAUUGAAUGCUUUCUUUUUUUUUGUUUUAAAUGACAGAGGUCCAGAUUAUUAACAGUGGUGGCAUUUGGGUACACCACUGUUUAUUUCAGUUGAAUAGACCUCACAGUAUCAAAAUGUAUUGUCCUCAACAAGCAAACAAAAUACACAAUGAGGAACUAUUAAUAUAUUCAUUUAUGUUGUUUGUUUAUUUAUAUCUAUACCAUAUCUAACAUGCAUACAAUUUAUUUGUAUACAACAUGGACAUAUCUCAUUGUCACAUCUGUUUUAAAGUUAGUUUUGUGAAAACUGUUGUAAUAAUAAUAA